AUGUCCGAUUCAACCUGGCCGUUGUUUCCUGUCUUUGCUUGCCUGGGAUUUGUCUUACCUCUAAUUCCUCUUACGUGGCACUUCCAAGCAUGGAACUCUGCAACGUGCUACUACAUGAUCUGGGCUUCCUUGGGCUCCCUCAACCUGUUCGUCAACUCGAUUGUAUGGCAUAACAAUGCCAUCAACUGGGUGCCCGUAUGGUGUGAUAUAUCGACUCGCAUUACGAUCGGCGUCUCCGUGGGGAUCCCCGCCGCAUCGCUCUGCAUCAACCGCCGCUUGUACAAUAUUGCCUGUGUUCCGUCUGCGGUAGUCGUCCGAGCUGAGAAACAACGUGCCGUCAUUAUCGACACUUUAAUCUGCGUUCUCCUUCCCAUGAUCGUCAUGGUCCUGGCCUACAUCGUUACUGGACACCGUUUCAAUAUUUUCGAGGACGUCGGCUGCUGGCCUGCUUUGUACGACACUAUCCCGACGUUCUUCCUAGUCAGCGCGUGGCCGAUCUUAUUGGGCUUGAUUUCUUCCGUCUAUUGUGUACUAUCGCUGCGCGCGUUGAUUCGUCGCCAAGCUUCCUUCAGCGAGUUCAUCUCGUCAAAUAAGGGACUCUCGACCAGUCGCUACUUCCGUCUGAUGGCCCUUGCCACAACGGAGAUUCUCUGCAACACUCCCUUGGCGAUCUACGUCAUCGUACUAAACGCCCGCCUUGGCGUCAACCCUUGGAUCAGCUGGUCCGACACGCACUACGACCAAAGCCGCGUCGAGGAGAUCCCUGCGGUCCUCUGGCGACUGAACCACUCAAAUGUCGUCUCCCUGGAGCUCAGCCGAUGGAGCGUUCCCGCCUGCGCCAUCAUUUUCCUCCUGUUCUUCGGAUUCGCAGAGGAGGCGCGUCGGCACUACAAACUCGCAUUCUGGUUCGUCGCCAAGCGCUUGGGAUUCAAGCCCUUGGUCUCGGUGCAAGCAUCGAACGGAUCAGGCUCUCACUUGAUCUCGCGGUCCGGUUUCCGAUCCACCGAGAAGGGAUUCACAUGCCCACCUCCUCCAAAGGCAGGCUACUUCCCGGCCCCUCGCUCCUCCUCCGAAAAAGCACCGCCAUACAGCAGGACCUCCUCGGACGUCUCCCUGCUCCGAAGCGACACCACCGAGAAAGGACUACCUUCCUCGUUCACAUCGAGCUCCUUCUCCUUGGACCUCGAAUCCGGCCUUCCGGCCUUCACGACCGACACGAUCAACAUAUCCCCGCCGUUGCCCGCCUACCUGCUACCCUCGACCCCCUCGUUCGAGGCCAUAGCGAUCGACACCCCGACCGGCGAGCUGUCACGUCACAGCAUCUUGGGACACGAACGUUUACCCUCGGCGAGCUGAACCAGCUCCCCCGCGCCCAUUUCAAUCGUCUCACGAAACAUAACUGUAUCCCUAGUGACCCUAGCAGAUCCUCGACUUGAACAUACCCUC